AUGGAACUCUUCGAGCAACUUGUCCUCAUCAUAACUAUACUGGCUUUUCUCUACAUGGAUCAUGGUGCAAUGGCCUACGAGCAUGAGGAGUUUAGCUAUACAGUGGGGGCAUGGAAUGGUCCGAAUCAUUGGGGAGAUAUCCGUAAGGACUGGGAGACAUGUAAAAUUGGGCACUCACAAUCACCAGUACUAAUAGAUGAUAAGAAGAUCGAGAUUGUAUAUCAACCUGAGGAUCUUAAAUGGAGUUAUCAUCCUGAAAAAGCUGUGAUGAAGAAUCUUGGUCACAACAUCGUGAUCGAAUGGGAAGAUGCAGUGGGUGCUGUAAGGAUCAAUAAAACAGAAUAUCCACUAAAACAAGUGCACUGGCACACGCCUUCAGAGAACAUAAUUAAUGGAAAACA